CUUUGAGUGAGAGCAAAUAUGAAAUAUUUUCUAGUUUUUAUUUUCAUAAACAAAGUUUUGUUAUUUCCAAUAAUCAAUGAGAGAAUUGUUUAUCCUGACGAGUUCAAGGAACUUCAAAGUGUUGAGUCUACAGGAUAUCAAAUGAGUCUCUUAAAUGAUCCAAAUAUACUUCAAUCUGACAACAUGACAGCAGAAUUUUUGAUUUAUCAAGAUGGAUUUAAAAACCUUGAAGAUGGUGAAUACUUUCAAGGUGACAUGGUGAUGAAUGAAGAGCAGCUUAAUACUAUUAAUGAUACUAGUGAUCUGUCACUUCGAACUGGGAUAAUUAAUGAAAGAUUUAGAUGGCCAAAGGAUGUGCAUGGAGAUGUUAUAGUACCUUUUAAGAUAUCAAGUGAUUUUGACUGGAUAGACAGAGCUCGUAUCAAACUAGCUAUGUAUGACAUUGAGAAGUAUUCCUGCAUUGUUUUUAAACAGCAAACAGACCAACAAAAUUUUAUCAACAUAACAUCAAACAUUGGAUGCUACUCACAUGUUGGAAAGAUUAAUGGAGGUCAAAAACUCAGUCUUAAAAUUGGUGGAUGUCUUACUCGAGGCACCAUCAUUCACGAGUUGAUGCAUGCACUAGGAUUUGACCACAUGCAAAAUCAUGCUGACAGGGAUGAUUUUAUAGAAAUUCUAUGGGAAAAUAUCAAACCUGGAAGUGAGCCUAAUUUUGAGAAAGUAAAUUCACGUUUGUUUGGGAACUUUGGAACACCUUAUGACUACCACUCAGUCAUGCAUUAUGGCUUGAAUUAUUUUUCAAAAAAUGAAAAUCCAACGAUUGUGUCGAAAAGUACUUCUCAUAAUAAAGUCAUUGGAAACAGGCUCGCAAUGAGUCUGGGAGAUGCACAGAGACUAAAUGCGAUGUAUAAGUGCACUAAAAAGAAUGUCCACUUGCCUGUUGCCGUUGCAUCAGCCAUUUGGAGGGUCUUUGAUUCACAUUAGACCUAUCAGUUCAAGAUUUAAAGAUUUUCGAGGGGUUGUUCACCAAAUUCGAAAAAGUUUGAGAAGCACUGAUCUUAGGAGAAGAUGCUAUGAUUCUG